AUGGCAACAUACCAAGGGAUUCUGUUACACCUCAUCUUCUCCCUCCUCCACAACCACGACCCGUCAGAUCUGCAAUUGUCACAAGUUCUCCCCGAGAUCCCCUCUCAGCUUCUCGUUUCUCUCGUGCGCAGCUGUUUGAAGCGACGCAUGUUCUUCUAUCCCUCAAUACUGGCCCAGUUCAAACAAGGAGUUGACCCCGAUGUUUUCAUCUGGCUUGGUAUCGAGGAAGUCAAGCGUUUUAACUUGUCCUUGUACAGGGUAUGCAGGCAUGCCCGGGUAUACGACACUAAACUCUUGGAAGAUGCGCCCAAUUUUAAUCCUCGGCGUGGACCACGGUCACCGGAUGAAAGACUUCUUUCCCUGGCAGACCUGCAAUUUGCUGUGCCGGGCAGUGAUGAGCUCUGGCAUGCUACUUCUGACUUGGCCGUGAAAAUUGCAGGAAGCGAAGCCGCGUAUGCCAAUGAUAACAUUGAAGACAAGUGGAUUUCUCAGACUGCGCGAGUGUUGCAGCCUCAUGGUCAACAGUUUGAGUGGAUAUAA